CUCUCGUCUACUUUGCCAUAACUGCAUGAGACCUUAUUAACGUGUCACAGACUCUGCUGCAGCUGGUUCGACGGUUGGCUGGAGGUCCCUGAAGGUGGAUUUUCGUCUUUCUAUCGUCCCGGGAAACCCGGAGAAGCAGCCGCAGCGUUUAAUGAGCUCCUCCAUUCAUCUGGACCAGCAUGACCGAGGCGAUUUUUCCCGUCUUGCAGACUGACGUAACAAUAUUACAAUGAAAGGAUGCAUUUUCUUGGGCUUUAUGAACGUCUCCGCGCUCGUAUAGUCACCAGGGGGCAUGCACACGUCAAUGCAGCGCGGGAAACAUUUUAACAUCGUAACAUUGUAACGUCGGAUCGGGGGAACGUUCGAAUGGACGUAGGAGCAGCUCCGCGGCUCUUCAUAUCGCUGUAGUUUGUGUUACGGGAGGUUCCUGCUGCCCCCAUCCAUCUCUCCGGCUGUUGUUGUGAAUUGAUCUAACAUGGCGACUGUACCCGUGUAUUGCAUCUGCAGAUUACCUUACGACGUAACCCAGUUUAUGAUCGAAUGUGACGCCUGCAAAGACUGGUUUCAUGGCAGCUGCGUGGGAGUGGAUGAAGAUGAAGCACCAGAUAUUGACAUCUAUCACUGUCCUAACUGUGAAAAAACCCACGGCAAAUCCACCCUGAAAAAGAAAAAGAGCUGGAAUAAGCAUGACACGGGGCAAAGCGGAGACGUCAGACCAGUUCAAAACGGCAGUCAGGUGUUCAUAAAAGAGCUGCGCAGCAGGACAUUCCCCAGUUCAGAAGAUGUGGUGGUCAAGCUGUCUGGAAGUCAGUUGACAUUGGACUACCUUGAGGAGAAUGGUUUCAAUGAGCCAAUUCUCGUCCAGAAGAAAGAUGGGCUGGGGAUGGCCAUGCCUGCACCCACAUUCUACGUCAGCGACGUAGAAAACUAUGUUGGGCCUGAUGUUCUUGUGGAUGUUGUUGAUGUAACCAAACAGACAGACAGCAAGAUGAAGUUAAAAGAGUUUGUUGAUUUUUACUACAGCACAAACAGAAAGAAAGUAUUAAAUGUGAUCAACCUGGAGUUUUCACAAACAAGAAUGGACACUAUUGUUGAGAGUCCGCAGAUAGUUCGGAAGUUGUCUUGGGUUGACAACUACUGGCCUGAUGAUGCAUUGUUGGGGAAGCCCCAAGUGUCCAAAUACUGUCUCAUCUGUGUGAAAGACAGCUACACAGACUUCCACAUUGAGUGUGGCGGUGCCUCUGUGUGGUAUCAUGUACUUAAGGGAGAGAAAAUCUUCUUUCUGAUCAAGCCCACCUCUGCCAACCUUUCUCUGUAUGAGCGCUGGAGUUCCUCAUCCAACCACAGCGAGAUGUUUUUUGCUGACCAAGUGGACAAGUGUUACAAGUGCACACUUAAACAAGGGCAAACUCUUUUCAUUCCAUCAGGAUGGAUUAAUGCAAUACUGACUCCUGUGGACUGCUUAGCCUUCUCCGGGCAUUUUAUCCAUAGUCUGAGCGUAGAGAUGCAAAUGAGAGCAUAUGAGGUGGAAAAAAGACUCAAAGUUGCCAGCCUCACUCCUUUUCCAAACUUCGAAACAGCUUGUUGGUAUGUGGGGAAAUACUACCUGGAGCGGUUUAAAGGUUUGCACAAGGCGAACAAGCAGCCACCUCCUUACUUGGUACAUGGUGCCAAAAUUGUCAAUGGAGCGUUCAGAUCGUGGACUAAAAAACAGGCUCUUUUAGAGCACGAGGACGAGCUUCCAGAAAACAUGAAGCCAGCACAGCUCAUUAAAGACCUUGCCAAAGAGAUUCGGAUUUCUGAGAAUGCAACAAAAGCCAUAAAGAGCGAACCCAGCAACUCAAAGCCCCCAGCUGAGGAACCCCCGUCUGCUCCAUCAGAACCAGAAGAGCCCUCGUCCCCCGCACACAUCUCCUCCCCGCCACGAGAUAAGCCAGCUAGGAAGAAAGCCACAAAGCCACCCAAACCACCCAAAAUGCCCAAGGCACCCAAACCACCGAAGGAACCCAAAAUAAAAGAAGGUGGCAAAAAGAAAGGGAAGAAAGCAAAAGAAGGUAUUUUACCUGAGAAAAAGCCCUCGAGUCUGGCGGCUCUUGAAUCCCAUGCAAAGGACAUCCUGAACAAGAUGGACCAGCCCAAAAAACUGUUAAAAACUGGGAUGAGUAUUUUGGAGAAAGAGACGAGUAAACCAAAUGACGUUGCAAAGUUCGAGAUGAUUCGAGAGCAUAAUAAGAACAAGACGGAGGCCAAAUGGAAAUAUAAGAACAGCAAACCUGAUUCGUUAUUGAAAAUGGAAGAAGAGCACCGAUUUGACAGAAGUUUACUCAGCCAUAAAGACAAUAAAUUUGCAUUUUCAUUGUCGAAUAAGAAGUUGCUGGGAUCAAAGAUGCUCAAGACUCAGACCAAUUCGAGUGUUUUUGGCUCAAUACAGAAUAUUAAAGAAGAAAAGCCCAAGCCUGUGAGAGACGAGUACGAGUACGUCUCUGAUGAGGGGGAGCUUAAGAUCGACGAAUUCCCAAUCAGGAGGAAAAAGAACGCAGUCAAGAGAGACUUUUCCUUUUUAUCAAACAUCAAAGAGCCCAUUCUGCCAUCGAAAAAGCCAAAGCUACAAACGUCGGACACAAAGAAUCUAGAUUCAUCAGAUGAAGAAUCGCUCCACAUAGACACAGAAGCCAAGACAGAAGUCAAAGGUCGUAACUCCAAGGUCUCUAAGAAGAAAGGGGGCAGUUCAGCUGGGAUUCUGGAUCUCCUACAGGCCAGCAAACAAGUGGGCGGCAUUGACUACAGUAACAACAGUCAGCCACCUGCAUCCCCCAGCACACAGGAGGCCAUCCAGGGCAUGUUGUCCAUGGCUAACCUGCAGUCAUCAGACUCUUGUCUGCAACCAUCCUGGAGCAAUAGCCAAGCUAAGAACAACUCUCACAGCAGCUCAGCCAGCAAGAAGCCGAGCGGUGCAGCCGGAGCAGGAGGGAACAGCAAGCGACCAGCCAAACGCUUGCCCAAAAAGACGCAAAAGAGCAGCAGCGUGGACAGUUCGGACAUGUUCGACGAUGACCAGGACCACAUGGACGCGUGCUUUAGGGAUUCUGACUAUGUAUAUCCAUCUCUGGAAUCCGAGGAGGACAACCCAAUUUUCAAAUCGAGAUCGAAAAAAAGGAAAAAUACAGAUGACACUCCAUAUAGUCCAACAGCACGAGUUGGGCCCUCUGUACCACGACAGGAGAGACCGGCUCGGGAGGGGGCACGUGUGGCGUCCAUAGAGACAGGACUGGCAGCUGCGGCAGCUAAAUUGUCUCAUCAGGAGGAGCAGAAGAUUAAGAAGAAGAAAAAGAGUACCAAAAAGAAGCCCGUGGCUGUAGAGGAGCCUCACAAACUCUCUCAGGACAGCAGCUCUCCAGAACCCACCCCAGACUCCGAGAGCAACCUGGCCGACCACGAGUACAGCACUGGAACGGGCAAAACCGCCGGCGGCUCGCAACCCAUGGCCCCCGGAGUCUUCCUCAGUCAGAGGCGGCCUUCAUCAUCGUCAUCAUCUCAGAACACCUCAUCUGUCCCGCCAGCAAAAGUCGAACGUGGGAACUCGACGGACGCCAAAGCCAAGAAGCUAAAGAAAGGAAUGGCGACGGCCAAACAGAGACUCGGAAAAAUCUUAAAGAUUCAUCGUAACGGCAAGCUCCUGCUGUAACAUGGACAAUGGGUGACUCAGACUUUCUCCUGAUGUUUAUGGACCCGUGGACUGAUCCCCCCCUCCGCCCCCCUCGAUGAGCCGGGAUGAGAGCAGCAAGGACUGAAACGGACGGGAAAGCUAACAGGAUCCCACAAGUUUUCAAUUUCUAAGAAGAACAUAGCUCAGAUAGGUUUUUGCCUCUUCUUUUACUUUAUAACUUUCAGAUACUAAAAAUGUACAGAAUACCUGCUAUUAAUAUUUUGUAAGAAGAUUUGUCUUUGUUUUACUAUGGCUAUCAGUUUAUCAGGGGUUGCUAAUAUAUUAUAAGAUACAGUACAUAGCAGUCAUUCCAAGACAAAGAAAGUAUCCCUUGCAUGUAUUCCAGUUGCAUGCAUUGUUUUUGGGAGGGAAAGGGUUAGUGGAAGGUUGCAAACAAGAAGUUCAUUACUGCUUUUUGGAUGUGGCUUAUCAUUAUUAUUAUUAUUAUUUGUAUUUUUUUUUUUACAAGUAUCACUAAAGAGGAUUUUCACUAACUGCCUGGGUGAUUUUAAAAUCCCCCAUUUGGAAUUUACUUUUACUUUUUUUUUAUAUGCAUUACUUACACAGAACAACUUGAAAAAAGUACUUUUCUGCUUGCUAAGCACUAUCACAGAUAAUAUUUAUUGAUCUAAUAUAAUUGUACAUGUCAUAGGUAGCUUGAGAAAAGCCAGAAGGCACUUACAAAACAACAGUGAAGCACAAAUAUGAACUCAUUUUGUUAGUAAUGUUGUCCCAACAGCUACUGUAAAAUGAUAACUGUAGUUUUUUUUAAUUACAAAUAUAGGAAAAAUUAGUUUUUGUGGGGAAAAACAUUAAACAUGCAUAUCGAUAACAUAUUUCCACUUAAUUACAUGCUUAAAAUAUCUUAUUUUACUGAAUUGUAACCGCAUCUUAGAAUUUUUUUAAAUUUAUAUAUUGUUUUAUCAUUUUUAGACAUUAUGCAAUCAGAUUUACAUCAUCCUGUUUUUCACAUUAUUUUGUUUGACAAUGUAGCUCUUAUUACGGUUCCAUUAUACGUACAAAACACUUGCCAAAAGCAACAAAACACUACAUUAAUGGGAUCUCUAGCACUGAUGAUAAGCCUCAUCCAUGACAUUUCACUACAUGGGAUACUUUCUCUCUUCUGUUUGUUUCACAGGCAGCACCAAUUACCCUAGAAUGAAAUAUGCAUUUAUAUUGCUUCACAGUACAGUAUGUAGAAUGUAGCCUGUAUAUAGCUUUUUAAAUGACUACUUUUUGUAUCCUUUUUUCCUUAAUACUUCAUUAUACAUUUUUACUAGUUUUUUGCUAAUUACAAACAAAAAUAUAUAUAAAGAUAUAGAAAUAGUCAUUACCUUUUUCAUUUUUUUUUUUGUUAGAUACACAAUAGCUGUACUUUUUUAACCAUUGUUUUGUUCUCAUUUCAUUUUGUUACAUUAGACAAAAGGUGUUGCCUGGAGAACAAAAUACACAGUGUAACAUUUAUUCUCAUAUGGCCUUACAUGCAGAAAACCAUGUGUAUUAUGAUUCAUUUAUGAUGGGGGAUAAGAAAAAAAAAAAAAUCAACGUUUCUACGACCAGCCUGACAUUUGAGCUAAAAUACCCCUGAUGGAUUUUAAAAGUUAUUUUACUAGCACCUUGUGAAGUGUUUUCUGUGUCAGUGAUGUAAUUUAUUAAUGUUUGUAGCCUUUUAUACUUGUAUAAUUCUUAAGAGGUUUUGUUUUAAAUCGUUUAUCAGUCUGUGAGCCCCUUAGGACACUUCUAUCAUUAACAUUGGGCAAUAGUUCCUUUUUUUUUUUUUGUCUAAGCAAAAUUUGUCUUCAUUGUUUUCAUCAAAUCAAGUGCAACUGCUCUCAUCAAUACGAAAUGUUACAUUAUUACUGUUAUUAUUAUUAAGCAGCUAUUUUAAAUAUCCAUACCAUCAUGCCAUGAGUUUUAUUUUGGUAAUAGAGUAUGUACAUUCUUAACCAGGUUUACUGUGCUCAUAAAUUGCAGUGUUUUAGUUACCAAUGUAAAUCUCGUAUCCACCUUUCCGAAUCGAAACAAUGGAACUAUUUCAGGUUUUUAUUUGUACAAAAUGUGUGUUGCUUUGUUGUGGUUUAUUUUUAUAUGUUCAAACAAUUAAAUGCAUCCACUGUUUCAUGGCAGUGAAUGAUACUUUUGUA